UGGCUCUCUCUCUCUCUCUCUCUUCAACUCUCACUGUUAGUCUCUCGCCCGUCCACUCAGACUGGAAGACUCACUUGUUGAGAGGACAGCAAGCUCACUGACUCUGCCUCAAACUCAAAGUCAGUGGAGAGGAAAGUGAAGAGAAGACUGAAAGGAGAGAAGACAACGAUUUUUCUGAAAUAAAAAGAGAAGUGACAGAGAUGCUGUGCGAUCAGUGAAUUGAUCUGAAGCUGCCUGCAUCUUUGGAGGGACCGCAGUCACUUUGGGACUUUUGAGACUGUGACCGAAAUAUUUCCAGUCAAAACCAACUGCAACUGGGAGGUGCUGAGACCAGGUGAAGAUGAGAUCCAGGAGCUGCACCGUGGAGGGUCCAGACGACGGACGGAUCCAGCCAACCAAAGGCUUCAUCAAGGAGGAAGAGGAAAACACACCGGAGCUCGCGAAGAGGAAGAUGAAAAUCCAGCGAGAGGAGAAGGACGGGAAGACGACGUCGGUGUCCAGCACAGCGAAGAAAACCCAAAAACCUGCAGAGAGCCGGAAAGCAGGACUGGUGGAUCUGUCCAAGGAGGAUCUGCUGCACCUCCUGGGAGUUAUGGAAGGAGAGGUUCAGGCCAGAGAGGACAUCAUCACCAUGCUGAAGUCGGAGCGGACGAGGCCGGAGGUGCUGGAGGCCCGAUACGGCUCGGCCGCUCCCACCAAACCCCUGCAGGCCCUGCAGAGAGACGGCCUGCUCACCAGCAGCACAAACCCCGCAGACGACGUGUACGAGAGGCCGAUGGCAGAGCUGGACAGGCUGGAGGACAAGCAGAGGGAGACGUACAGGCGGAUGCUGGAGCAGCUGCUGCUGGCCGAGAAAUGCCACCGCCGAACCGUCGCCGAGCUGGACAACGAGAAGCGCAAGCACACCGACUUCAUGAACAAGAGCGACGACUUCACCAAUCUGCUGGAGCAGGAGAGGGAGAGACUCAAAAGGCUGCUGGAGCAGGAGAAGGCCUACCAGGCUCGUAAGGACAAGGACCACAGCAGGAGGCUGGAGAAGGUCAGAGGGGAGCUAGUGAAGCUCAAGUCUUUUGCCCUCAUGUUGGUGGAUGAGCGGCAGCUGCACAUCGAGCAGAUCGACCAGCAGAGCCAGAAGGUCCAGGAUCUCAAUCAGAAGCUGCAAGAGAGAGAUCAGCGGCUUGCGGCCAUCAGUGGUACUGCCAAGGAGGACAGCCAGAAGGUCCUGAAGUUGGAGGCUGAGCUGGAGCAGAAAGCAGCCAAGUUUGCCCAGGAGCAUGAAGAGAUGACUGCCAAGCUGGCCAACCAAGAGUCCCAAAGCCGCCAGCUCAGGCUGAAGCUGGCUGGCCUUUCACAUAAGAUUGAGGAGUUAGAGGAGAGGAACAAUGUGUUGCAGAAAUCAGAGGAGGACCUCCAGGAACUGAGGGAGAAGAUCAGCAAAGGGGAAUGUGGGAACUCCUCUCUCAUGGCAGAGCUGGAAAACCUGCGGAAGAGAGUGCUGGAGAUGGAGGGCAAGGAUGAGGAGAUAACCAAGACAGAGACUCAGUGCAGGGAGCUGAGGAAGAGACUACAGGAUGAGGAGAGCCACAGCAAGGAGCUGAGGCUGGAGGUGGACAAACUGCAGAAGAGAAUGGUUGAACUGGAAAAACUGGAGGGAGCUUUCAAUAGGAGCAAAACAGAGUGUUCUCAACUUCAUAUAAACUUGGAAAAGGAGAAAAGUGUGGUGAAGGAGCUGGCUGGGGAGCUGGAGACAGUGAAGAACCGUGUGAAAGAACUCGAGUCCUCAGACUCAAAGUUUGAAAAGGCGGAAAUGCUCCUCAAAGAUGACUUAAUGAAACUGAAGUCUUUCACAGUAAUCCUGGUGGAUGAACGAAAAAACAUGGCUGAGCGACUUAAACAAGAAGAACAAAAGAGUGAUGAGUUAAAUAAGAUGUUAAAAGCUGAGCAGGGUAAGGUUAUGGAGGUGACAGAGAAACUGAUUGAGGAGAGCAAAAAACUCCUAAAACUCAAAUCAGAGAUGGAGGUUAAGGUGACAACUCUUACUAAAGAGAAAGAUGACCUGAAAACCAAACUUGCAAGUGAAGAGGAAAAGUGUAGGGAUCUGAAUUCCAAGGUCAGUGUGAUGAAAAUAAGGAUGGAUGGACUAGAGGAGGCAGAGAGGGAAUCGCUGAGAAAGCGGGCCAACAAGGACAAUGAUAGAUAUCCAGACAAGGACAACAAAGUGAAAGAGCUCACGCUGGAAAUUGAAAGAUUGAAAAGCCGUCUCAAACAACUUGAGGUGGUAGAAGGGGAUUUGAUGAAGACAGAGGAUGAGUAUGAUCUACUGGAGAAAAAAUUCAGAACAGAGCAGGACAAAGCAAAUGCCCUCUCUCAGCUGUUGGAGGAAAUGAAAGGUCAGAUUGCCAGAAACAAAGCCAUAGAGAAAGGCGAGGUUGUGAGCCCAGAGGCCGAGCUGAGAAUUCGCUGCAAGAUGGAGGAGACUAAAACCAGAGAGCUGCAGGCGGACGUCCAAGCACUGAAGGAGAAAAUCCACGAACUGAUGAAUAAGGAGGAUCAGCUGUCCCAGCUGCAGGUGGAUUAUUCUGUUCUCCAGCAAAGAUUCAUUGAGGAGGAAGAGAAGAAGAAGAGCAUGAACCAGGAAGUAGCCAACCUCACCAAAGAGCUGGAAGCCACCAAGCGCUACAGUCGUGCUCUGAGACCCAGCAUGAACGGUAGGAGGAUUGUCGAUGUGCCCAUCACCUCCACCGCGGUGCAGACAGAUGUGGUGGCCAACGAGCCUGCAGAGGAGGAGACGGCGGCAGGUUUUAUCAGGAAGUCUGUCCUCGAGGAGAACCAUCUAAUGAGCAACCUAAGACAACGGGGUCUUAAGAAGCCGGCAGUGCUUGAACGCUACCCUCCAGCAGCAUCAGAACUUGGGGCAAGAAAAUCCUGGAUACCCUGGAUGAAAAAGAAGGAAGCCAUUACACUCACUCAGACCACUCCGGAGAAGACGGAUCCUCAGAUCAACGGGGGAUCCUCACCCCCACUGUCUGAGAUGACCAUGCCCCAAAAGCCGGGCCAGCCGCUGCACAUACGUGUGACCCCUGAUCAUGAGAACAGCACUGCUACCUUGGAAAUCACCAGUCCUCGAGCUGAAGACUUCUUCUCCAGCACCACCAUUAUCCCAACACUUGGCCUUCAGAAACCUCGCAUCACCAUCGUCCCCAAGCCCACCACUAUGACCUCGAAGACAAAGGCCGGUGAAAUGAUGGGAGGUCUUGAUCGAGCCAAAUCUCCGGUCACCAUAACCACCAUCUCUAGGGCCAAGUCUCCGGACAAGAGCAAAGGGUCUGGCUCUGACAGCCCUCCAUCUCCGGUGUCCAUCAUCACCGUCAGCACCACUCCUGUUGCUGAAGCAGCUGCCUCACUCGAUCCUCAUGACGUGCCCACAGGCCGCACUGUGCUCAAGGUGACCCCAGAGAAGCCAUCUGGCCCCACGCCGGUCAGGAAAUACAGCAGCAGCAGUAACAUCAUCACAACAGAGGACAAUAAGAUCCACAUCCACCUGGGCCCACAGUUCAAAAGGCCUUCAGAGGGCUGCAGCGCUCCUGCCUUGACCGUCAGGCCUCUCGGUCUGAGCUCAGAAAGCAAAGAACCCGCAACAGGCACGGUGCUCCGCUCACCGCGACAACCCAGCACGUCAGCGGGGAAGACGACUCCCGGCAAAAUGACGAGCAGCAUAACAAUCACACCCAUCACCUCAGCAGCUUCCAGGCCGACACAGUCAGUGCCCGGUACGGAUGUGCAGUCAACUCGGGCCUCAGCCACACGAAUCCCUAUGUCAAAAGGUAUGAAAACAGGCACCAAGGCGGUUCUGGGUGUCUCGACGAUGACAAGGUUAGAGUCGCGAGCCGAGAGCCAGUCGAUGAAAAUUGAGCUGAGGAAGUCGACAGUGUGUAGCUCUGCCUCCACAGCGGGAGGGAAGAGCUGAGAGCUAAAUCCAUGGAAACUAAUCGAUAUGGAGACCUCCUGAUUGAUUAUUUAAAUCUAUCUGCUGCAACACAAAGUGAGAAACAGGCCACACCAGUAGACAUACACAACUGGGACUCCACCUCUGCGUGCGUGGUGACACACGAUGUUGCUUCUCAUAUCAGCUUAGUGCAUUUACAUCACUAUUUUAUCUCAUUCAGACAUUCAGUUUGCAAUUAUACAUGUUUCCAUAAAAAGGUCUGACAUAUUGUAAAAGUACAGCAUAUUCACUUUCCAGGUUAUUUUUCAUUUUCCCUUGUUCAUGUUUCAGUUUCUGUAACGAGGCAUCUCUUUGCAUGUGAAAGAAAUACUUAUUUUGAGUGACAUCACUUAACUCCAUCUUGAUGACCAUUGUUAGUAGCUGUAGAUUUUUCUUUUCUUUUUUUUUUAAUUUCAUCAUUCACAUUGUUCAUGGCAUGUGUUUAGUUCACCACUGCUUAUGGAGGUUUCCAGUCACUGGCGCGCUGUGAAAUGUUUGUGGGGGAUGAAUUGUCAUCAUUUAUCUAAGGCACUCAUUUGUGAAAAGCACCGAAAUAAAAAACU